UCACGAAGGGAAAAGGGAAGAAUGCUUUCUAAUCUCGGUUCUGUUCUCUUAAGCUUCCUCCGGGUAGGCGCAUCAUAUUAAUUUUCAACAGUUUAGUAAGACGACGUCAUGUCACGCAUUCCGUUUAAAAUGCUAAAUGUACACCGUCUCCUCUUAUGGCUUGUGAUGGAUUUCUGUGAUCCUCUCCUCGAGGUGGUACCGUCUGUUGCUCCCGCAAGCCCACUCAUGCCCCGGCUACAGCAAGUUGUGAAGUUCCAAAGCGUUGGGUGAGAGUGCGUCUGCGCAGACUGCUGUCGAAGGCCCUAAAGAGGUAUUGUAUUGAGCACCCAGAGCAAAGCUGACAGUCUGCUUUCAGGCUGAGAAAGCGAUGCCACUCUUUGGGAACACGUUCAGUCCAAAGAAGACCCCACCUAGGAAAUCGGCCUCACUUUCCAAUCUGCACUCGCUGGAUAGAUCUACCCGCGAGAUUGAGCUUGGCUUGGACUAUGGCACUCCUGCCAUGACCCUUGCCGGACAGAGCCUGAAGUUUGAGAAUGGCCAGUGGAUAACAGAUUCAUUAGGAGGCAGCGGGGACCGCAGGGAGACCCAGCGCCUUCGCAAACGGAACCAGCAGCUGGAGGAAGAGAACAAUCUCCUACGGCUGAAAGUGGAUCUUUUGUUGGAUAUGCUCUCCGAGACAACUGCAGAGUCCCAUCUCAUGGAGAAGGAGCUGGAGGAACUGAAAAAUUACAGCCGAAGGAGGAAGUGAACAGGAAAUGAAGUUUCAGGUCUGGAACCAUCUUGGAAGGAACAGGCACCGUUUCUAAUACUUCAACCAGAUAAAAGCUGCAGCCUUUUUUGUUCCUCUUAUUCAAAGCUUUCCAUACUACAUACAAGAAUGAAGCCGGGGGUGAGGUCAAGGAAUCUGCUGGUGAACAUUAAGAUAUAUUUUGAGUAAAACUGAAGCAGAUUUGUUUAUAUUUACAUAAUUAUUUUUAAAUGAGUGCAAUUUCUACACAGGCAGUAAAACAAUCUACACAAUAU